CUCCCCGUCCCCCUCCUUUUCUCUCUCUCCCCCCCCCCUCCUCCUUUUCUCUCCCUCCGUGCCUGGGUGAUCCACCCACUUGUCCAUACUUCUCCCUUCCUCUCCCUCCUCUUCCGGAUUUGCCCCUUCGUCACAUACCUCGUGCCAUGCGCCCUCGGGAUAGCUCCUCCCUGCGUAGCACCACCCGCGACGGUGGAAGCAAUGCCAGCCCGCUGUCUGCCCGUAGCGCGGUCCGCGAUGCCGAUCGUGAUGUCGAUCGCCCCUCGCCUGCUCCCCCGACCGCUCGCUCUGGCCCGAUUGACGUGGCGGAGCUUCUCCGCCAGCGGCGCGAGCAGAAGGAGCAAAAGCAGUCUGACAAGCCGGUGUUCGUCCCCCGGGCGCUGCGUGAGCGCCAGGCCGCCGAGCGCGAGGCCAAGGAGGCCGAGGAGCGACGCCUUCGAGACCAGGAAUUCCGCCAACAAAUGAGGCAAGCCGAAGCGGCGAAGGCUCACGAGGAGUUGCAGAAGCGCAAGCAGGCGGCGGCCGCCGCCGCGCCCCCGCCGCCGGCCCCAUCAAGCCAUGCGCGACACGGUCGUGGUGGUCGUGGCCGCGACACCCGGCGUGCUCCCUCCCCACCGCCAGCGAAGUCGCGGCAGCGUACCUUCACUGAGGAGGACAUUCGCGCUCUGGCGGCCGAGCGCGAUCUCGAUGUGAACACCCUUCUCCGAGCUCCGCCCGAAGCUCUCGAGGCCCUGGUCAAUGAGCGUGUCCAAGCUCGCGAAAGCCAGUUGAUCCGGGAGCGCUACGUCGGCGGUAGUGACCCGAAGCGACGCACUCGACGCACUGGCGAGCGGCGUCCCACCUUCGAUUGGGACCUGAAGGACAAUACUUCGGACGAAGUGCAGCCCCGUGUGGUCGGCCAGUUUUGGCGUGGCCAAGUUGGUGGCAUGGUUGAAAUCAAGCAAGAAUUCUCCCGCCACUGGACCACCAAAGCUCUCAGCGAAAUGACCCCCCGGGAUUGGAGUGUAUUCCGGGAGGACUUUGACAUUGCGGUCAAGGGUGGUGGGCAGAUCCCACACCCAAUCCGGUCCUGGGAGGAGUCGACCAUCCCGAAGCAGAUCCUGGCCGCCGUGCGGGACAUCGGGUACAAGGACCCGUCGCCGAUCCAGCGGCAGUCCAUCCCGGUGGGCCUGCAAAAUCGCGACCUCAUUGGGAUUGCGCAAACCGGCUCCGGUAAGACAGCGGCCUUCAUGAUCCCCAUGCUGUCGUUCAUCAUGCGGCUGCCGCCAUUGACGGAACGCAACCGAGCUGAUGGGCCGUAUGCACUGAUCCUGGCUCCCACGCGUGAGUUGGCCCAGCAGCUGGAGUCCGAGGCUCUGAAGUUCUCCUCGCGCUUGGGGUUCAGCUGUGUGUCGGUGGUGGGCGGGCACUCGAUCGCCGAGCAGAGUCGCCAAUUGGCUGACGGCGCGCACAUUGUCAUUGCCACGCCGGGACGCAUGCUCGACUGUCUGGAAAGCCAUGUUGUGGUGUUGAACCAGUGCACUUAUGUGGUGGUUGACGAGGCCGAUGUCAUGAUCGAGAUGAACUUCCAAAAGGAGCUGACAUCCAUCCUGGAAGCCAUGCCGGUGUGCAACAAGCGCCCGGAGUCCCUGGACAACGAGCUUGGCAUCGGGCCGUUGGACCGGGCGGCGGCCGGGGAGUUCCUCGACGUCAAGUCCCUCUACCGGCAGACGGUCAUGUUCACGGCCACCAUGAAGCCUCCGGUGGAGAUGAUUGCCCGGCAGUAUAUGCAUCGACCAGUGACUGUCACCAUUGGUGUGGCUGGCCAGUCGGUGGACACCGUGGAGCAGCGUGUCAUCAUGUGCACGGAGAGCGCCAAGUUCUCCCACAUGGAGAGUGUGCUCAAUCAGUUCUUCGAGCCCCCUAUCAUCAUCUUCGUCAAUCACCGCCGAACGGCCGACAAUGUCAGCAACUGGCUGGAAACCCGCGGUUACAGUGUCACGGUGAUCCACGGCGACAAGCGCCAGGACCAGCGAGAGGCCUCGAUCAAUGCCCUGAAGGAUCGCAGCAAGGACAUCUUGGUGGCCACCGAUGUGGCUGGGCGAGGCCUGGAUGUCAAGGAUGUUUCGCUGGUCAUCAACUUCGAUAUGUCCAAGUCGAUCGAACCCUACACGCAUCGUAUCGGUCGUACUGGUCGUGCAGGGAAGAGUGGCCUGGCCAUCACCUUCCUGACGGCCGACGACGAGCCGGUCUAUUAUGAUCUGUUCACGAUGCUCAAGUCGAACCCGCUGUCCCGAGUGCCGCGGGAGCUGGAGUUCCACGAUGCCGUCCGCAGCCGGACGGGCGGCUUCCUCGGCUGAUCCCCCAUUCGAUCACGUGUAAAUACAAUACCAUUCCCACGGACAGGGACCUGCUUGGACCGCAC